AAUACUUGCUCGUGGCAAAAAUUCACACUUCAAGAACAUGACCACGGCAUAAAUGUGCAACAAUGAGUCUUGUGUAUCUAUAAAAAGGAACGUAUUUUCACCGGUCAGCACAUAUUCUAGCAUGGCUUUGAAGGGCUGCAGCCGAAUGAAAAUUAAGGUCGGUGAAACGGAGAUAAACAUUGUUAUGGAUGCCUAUCAUAAAAUGGGACACCAGGGCUGGCGAGACAUCCUCCAUGUUGUCAAAGAAAAGAUAGAAACCUCUGGCUUAAACUCGAGAAUCGUGGACUAUUACCUGGAAGGAGAAGACUCGAUAUCGGUUCGACGCAUAAAACGAAUUGUAAGAGAGCAGCUAAAAAAGCAAGCUGAAGAAUAUCGCGCGUUUAAGACGACCAGCGAGGGAAAAGCCACAAAGAGCAAUGUGAAGGAGAAAAAAAGGACUCCGGAUGAGAAGAUGAAGGAUAAGCUUCGUUUCUUUGUUGCGUCAGAUUCAGACAGCUCGUUGAGUGAUUUAAAAGUUGAACAGGAAAUAACAGGUUCUUCAAAGAUUGGUAAGCGGGAGAUACCGGAUAAAAUCAUGAGAUAUGCUAACAAGAUGGUACCUGAAGAUAGAAAAAAGAGAAAAAUUGUCGAAUAUGCAGUUUCUUCAGAAUCAGACUCGCAAGAGGACCAAGAGGAAAAGAAACCAGCUCGUAAGAAUCAAAAUCUUCGACAAGCAAGCUUUGAGGCCCAAAUAGCCCACACUAGAAUGUGUGAGCAGGCAGGCAUGGCAAUGGGACGUAUGGCCAAUGUACUAGACAAACUUGAGAAAAAAAUAGAUGACAUGUGAUGUAAAGAAAUGAUGCCUUAUUGAUCAAUAAAACGUUUAUAUG